AUGGCCGCCCACUUAUCAUACGGGAGAGUCAAUUUGAACAUUUUGAGAGAAGCAGCCCGAAAAGAGCUAAGGGAGUUCUUGGACAAGUGUGCAGGAAGUAAGGCCAUAGUAUGGGAUGAAUAUUUGACUGGACCUUUUGGACUUAUAGCACAAUAUUCCCUACUAAAGGAACAUGAAGUGGAAAAGAUGUUCACUCUCAAAAGUGGUCGGCUCCCAUCUGCCGAUGUCAAAAACAUUAUCUUCUUUGUCCGACCCAGGCUAGAGCUUAUGGAUAUCAUCACUGAGAAUGUGUUCAGUGAAGAUAAGUUGCAUGCGACACGUGAUUUCCACAUCCUGUUUGUGCCCCGCCGGAGCAUGCUUUGUGAACAACGACUGAAGGAGCAGGGCGUGCUUGGCUCCUUCAUCAACAUUGAUGAGUAUAUCCUCGACUUGAUUCCAUAUGACGGGGACCUGCUUUCAAUGGAAUAUGAAAGUGCCUUCAGGGAGUGCUACUUGGAAAACGACCAAACAAGCCUUUACCACACAGCCAAGGGUCUUAUGACUUUACAGGCGCUUUAUGGGACUAUUCCACAGAUUUAUGGAAAAGGAGAGUGUGCACGGCAUGUUGCCAACAUGAUGCUGAGGAUGAAGAGGGAGUUUGCAGGUAUUCAGAAUCAGAUCUUGCCUGUGUUUGACACAUUACUGCUCUUGGACCGGAAUGUAGACCUGCUAACUCCACUGGCCACACAGCUCACAUAUGAAGGCCUCAUUGACGAGCUCUAUGGAAUCAAUAAUGGUUACGUGAAGUUGCCACCAGAGAAGUUUGCCCAGAAAAAACAAGGCGAAGCAAGCAAAGAUUUUCCGACUGAGCCCAAGAAGUUGCAACUCAACUCAGCAGAGGAACUUUAUGCCGAAAUCCGUGACAAAAACUUCAAUGCUGUUGGAGCGGCACUCAGUAAAAAGGCCAAAAUUAUUUCUGCUGCCUUUGAGGAGCGACACAAUGCUAAAACUGUUGGCGAAAUUAAGCAGUUUGUAUCCCAGUUACCUCACAUGCAGGCAGCACGGAGCUCCCUGGCCAACCACACAUCCGUUGCAGAACUCAUAAAGGACAUCACAACAUCUGAGGCUUUCUUUGACAAUUUAACAGUGGAGCAAGAGUUCAUGACUGGAGUUGACACUGAUAAGGUGAACACGUAUAUUGAAGAUCGCAUCGCCCAAAAAGAUCCUCUCAACAAGAUUCUGCGCCUUGUAUGCAUGCAGUCCGUCUGUAACAAUGGCCUUAAACAGAAGGUCCUUGACUACUACAAGCGAGAGAUUCUACAGACCUAUGGCUAUGAGCACAUCCUAACAUUGAACAACCUGGAAAAGGGGGGUCUUCUAAAACCACAGACUAGCUCAAGGAAUAAUUACCCUACCAUUAGAAAAACCCUUAAACUGUGGAUGGAGGAUGCAAAUGAACAGAACCCCAAUGACAUCUCAUACGUGUACAGCGGCUAUGCUCCAUUAAGCAUCCGACUUACCCAAGUCUUGGCUAGGCCAGGCUGGCGGAGCAUCGAGGAGGUGCUGAAGAUGCUCCCGGGACCGCACUUUGAGGAACGUCAACAGCUACCUGCUGGACUCCACAAAAAACGCCAGCAGGGAGAGAAUAAAACGACGCUAGUGUUUUUCCUGGGAGGAGUGACAUAUGCCGAAAUAGCAGCUCUCCGUUUCCUUUCACAAAUGGAGGACAGCGGAAUGGAAUACGUUAUAGCUACAACCAAACUGAUCAACGGUACGUCUUGGAUUAAAUCCCUCAUGGACCGACCCGAAGCCCAGAUGAACUGA